AUGGGCGAGGAGGAGAAGGCGAAGGAGGCGGCGGCGGCCCCGGCCGUCAAGGGCAAGGAGGCGGAGGAGAAGAAGGGCGAGGGGGGAGGAGGGGAGGAGAAGAAGGAGGACGCCCCGCCGCCGCCGGAGGAGGUGGUGAUGCGGGUCUUCAUGCACUGCGAGGGGUGCGCGCGCAAGGUCAAGAAGAUCCUCAAGGGAUUUGAUGGUGUGGAAGAUGUUAGCGCAGACUCGAAGGCACACAAGGUGGUCGUGAAGGGGAAGAAGGCAGCUGCUGACCCAUUGAAGGUGGUGGAGCGUGUGCAGAAGAAGACCGGCCGCAAGGUUGAGCUUCUCUCGCCAAUGCCACCGGCAGAGGAGGAGAAGAAGGAAGAGGAGAAAAAAGAAGAACCUGAGCCACCAAAACCUGAGGAGAAGAAAGAGGAGCCUACGGUGCUUGCUGUGGUGCUCAAGGUGCACAUGCAUUGUGAGGCCUGUGCGCAAGUGAUCAAAAAGAAAAUCCUCAAGAUGAAAGGAGUGCAGUCUGUAGAGGCAGACCUGAAGGCUUCUCAAGUCACUGUGAAGGGUGUCUUCGAGGAGGCCAAGCUAGCUGAUUAUGUGCAUAGGCGCACAGGCAAGCACGCCACUAUUGUCAAGUCUGAGCCGGUUGCAGCUGAGAGUGCUGGUGAUGGCAAUGCCAAAGACGACAAGAAGGCAGCAGAAGGCGGUGAGGAGAAGAAGGAUGAUGGCAAGGAGGAAAAGAAGGACGGUGGAGAUGCUGGUGGAGAUGGGAAAGAUGCAGAUAAACAGAAGGAUGGUGGCAAUGCUGGUGAAGGUGAAGAUAAAGACCCAGCUGCCAUGGCUCACCUGUAUAUGCACUACCCAAGAUUCAACCAUCAGAGUGGAUACGGCUACGCCUACCAGUACCCACCUCAGCUCUUCAGCGACGAGAACCCAAAUGCCUGCUCUGUGAUGUGAGAAGGCCAGGGCCAUGUGAUCCUAAGCGCGAAAAAUAAGGGGAUUUAGUUAUCCCCUGAUUUUGGAGGCGUAUUGCAGGUACAGCCCUUGAGGGUGACUGAUAUUGGCAGCUUCAGGAAUUAGAGGGCCGAGCUAUUUUGGCUGCAAGUCUAAAACUUUUCCUUCUCUCUUUGGUUGAACUUUUGUCUGGUACAAAGUAAACUCUGGGUUGUUUAUGGACACUAUGUUAUGUAAGUUAAUGGCUAGUAGGUUUUUGCGUUGUACCUUUUCACCCUUGCCCUUUUCCUUUUUGUAAAUAAAUGUAUUAUAUAUGCUAGUUUUGAUAUAGGUUGUUGCUACUCCGUGGUCUGUUGUCGGGAACAGAUGUGGACUUCCUAAGUUAA